CCUUUUAUCGAUGAGGACGGAUCGGUAUCUGAAGAGAAACAGAUUGUGAGAUGGUGGUGGAAACCGGUGGAAGGGGAGUGCCCUCCACAGGGAUGACGGCCAAGGAGCUCUGUGACAAUGAUGACUUGGCCUCAGCCAUGACAUUAGAUCCAUAUCUAGGCUUUCCUACACACAAGAUGAAUACCAGGUACCGUCCACUCAAGGGGAAAAUGCAAGAAGAAUUGAAGGCAGUUAUAGAGCGCUUUAAGACGCACCAAAACAUGGAGAGGGCUUACCGAGAUCUGACUGUUGGGGAGUUUGUGCGAAAUUUCCUUCUGAACAAAACGAAACCUCAGCAAGCUGUCUUCAAACAACAUGUGUUCCGAUAUUUGCGGAUGUUUCAUAGAGGGUCAGGUUUUGAGGUGCUGCCUUGUUACCGAUAUACCAUGGAGGACCAAGUUGGAGCUAAAAUCUGUGCCAUUCAGCAGUGGCAGAAGAACGACAAGAUCCCGAUGUUGGUGGGCUGUAUUGCUGAGCUGACUAAAGAAGAGGAGGAGCAGUUUCUGCGGCCUGGCAUCAACGAUUUUAGUGUCAUGUAUUCCUGUCGCAAAAACUGUGCCCAGCUAUGGCUUGGGCCAGCAAGCUUCAUCAACCAUGACUGUCGUCCAAACUGUAAGUUUGUAUCGACUGGUCGUGAUACUGCCUGUGUUAAAGUUCUCAGGGACAUCGAACCUGGUGAAGAAAUCUUCUGUAUGUAUGGCGAAGACUUCUUUGGAGAUAACAACUGUCUUUGUGAAUGUGAAACUUGUGAAAGACGUAAGGUGGGAGCGUUCCGGCCCAAAAACUCUGUACCAGCGGAUCAACUCGAGAAGGGGUACAGACUCCGUGACACAGACGACAGACUGACACGUCAGAAAAUUGAGACGGAAAAAAGUCGACCAGCAGCAGGAAUGACUGGUGCAGCAGAAUUUGGCAAUGGUAUUGCUAAUUAUGAAUCAAAAAACUGGGACAUUCGAGAUGGUAACUUAAAGAGACACUCCCACCUGCUGAAAGCUGCAGAACUGAAAAAGCGUGGCAUCACACGAUACGAUGCAGAAAUUAUCCUGUCGCAGGGUCUGAACCUUCCAGAUCCACAAGUGGUCAUAGAAACAAAACUCCCUUCAUCUAUCAACCAAAACAAGACUGUAAAAGCGAGCUCUGUCCUUGCAAGCAUGAACAAAUCUCCAAGGAAAAGUCGCAAGAGGUUCAGGCGUACACGUGGUGGUAAAUUUACUCAGGAACCUGUACAUUGUGAGAACAAUAAUCAAGUUAGAAAUGAAAUGUCCAAUUCUGCCGUGUGUGCUAAGAUCAAAUCACCGUGUAAAAGAAUGAGUUUCAGUUUUGAAGAGUGUGAAACUGACAGCAACGAUGUGACCAAAAUUGGUGAAGAUGGCAACCCUAGGGAUAAAAAUCACCUGCAGUCUCAGUCAGAUGGAGGUUUGUUAGUAAUGGUUAAUCAUAGUUCAGACACAAAAACAUCUCAAACAUUCAAGGGACCAGGAUGUUCAUCGUCAGGGCUCCGUAACUCUCCAAAGUGCCGCAGUAGUCCUCGUUUGAGGGGAAGAGGUUCUGGGCAUUCAAGUGGAGGUGAUGGGCCUGCUUCUGUCUGUGCAGACAUAACCAACCAAGAAGAUGGCGGUCUCUUGUCUCCAUUGCACAUCAAGACAGAGCCCAUGGAUGAUGUCCAACACGCUAGACAGAGUCCACGUUUCAAAACAACUAGGACCACAGAAAUUGUGAAAGAAGAGUGUCUAAACUCCUCUGUGUCAUCUUGUGUGAAGCAUUUAGAAGACACAAGAAGUGACUUUAGUGUAUUAGGAAAAAUUAAGACAGAGCCAGGGUCAAUAGUUAAAUCUGAAUCGGUGUCGCCAGUACAAGGGUCCUAUAUGCGAAGUCUGGUUCGAGCGUCUCCUAAACUCACACGGGUUAACACUUGUGAACGGCAGAGACAUUCAUGUGGUUCAAAUAAUAAGAUCCCGAAACUUUCACCAUCAGUUCCUAUACGACAAAGCCCUCGGCUUCAUGUGAAACAGUCAACAUCGUCAAACAAAACUUUGGAUACUCGAGACUGUGAUAAGGUAAAACCCGCCGCAGCUAUCAACCUCACAGCUAAGCUUGAGCAUGAGUGUCACUCAGGGAACAACUCGGACAUGCCAGUGUUGUGUUGUUUUGACAACAGUUUGUGUAGCUCAAAACUGGACUGUGACAUUACCUCCCAUAGUGACGAUGGAUUCAAACUGAGGGAGUCAGAAUCUGUGAUUGGUCAAAGUCAGAUAAAGUCCGAACGUUUAACUGCGACUACGGCAGAACCACCAUCUCGGCAGCCGAUUCAUGACCUUUUAACGCGUCCAUUUGUAAAAGUAUCAACAAAAGCAGUAGAACAAGGUGUGAAUCAUAAGAAGCCAGAACCAAUGACCAAAAAGAGGAAAAAUAAUGUGAUGUAUCGCUCUGUGUCCGACCAGUGUUUGUCAACAUACAGUAGACAUACCAAGAACAGAGACCGCAAACGUAAACUAUCUUACUCAGUGAGCAGCCAUUACGAUUCCUCUCCAAGUCCGUCCCCAGAGAAGAAGAUCCCCAAACUCACAAUUCGUAUGAGACCAGACCCAAAUUUGCAGCGAGAACUUGACCAGAAUCAAUCUGAUUAUGUUGUUUUUAAGAUGGACGACAGUCCACGUUUGAAGGAACCUCAGGACAAGCCAGUUGAUGGCCUUCAUGGAAACAACAAUAACAAUGAUUAUGUAAAGGGGAGUAACUCUUCAAAUGGCACCAAUUCAGCAUGUAUAGAAGCAAAGAAGUUCUACUCCCCAAACAAGUAUUAUACUUAUCCUAAGACUCUGAGACUGAAGCUGGGCAAUGAAGCUAUUGAUAUACCACUACCUCCAUAUGAAAUAGGGGAAAAGUGAUGUAGGAGUUAGUGCAAUUGUUAAGAAUGUUAGGAAUAUAUGAUGUUAUUUAUGAUGUAUACCGGUAAGGGUGACAAAAGUGACAAAGUCAAAGGUCUGUACAAAAAAUACACGUAUGGGUUUCAUAGCAGAUAAAAAUUCAACAUGUAAUAGUGCUUACAGGUGUGUAGGAAUUUCAGGUAAAAUGAAUACACUACUAUCAUUUUCUUAAUCCCAUAAUUUUCACAACAUAGAAUCACUCUCUCUCUGUCCAAAACCUUUUCUUUUGUCUUCGAUUUUCCAACAUUUGAGUUAGGAUCUUUCUUUUUAUUUAGAAGAAGCACAUCUCAUAAUUCAUGGACUAGUACUAUUGCCAAGAGUUUUAAUGAAAUAAUUAAUAUCUCGCAAAAUACAAAAUAUUUCCAGUGAAUAUUGACAUAAAAUCAGAUAGAAGAGGCUUAAAAUAAUAAUACAAUAUUUAUGUUGUAACUGUUUCACAAUAAACAAAGUAAAAACUAGUAAUAACCCAAGAGACCAGAGAAAUGGGUUUGCUAAAGCUUAAUUGUAUUGGUAUUGUUGACUUGAUAGGAGUCAAACAAAGUCGGACCAGAUAAAAGGAGAAUUUUGCUUUAUGUUGAUAUACUAACGACAUACUGAUUUAAUAUUGAUUAUUCUGAACUUAUGCACGUUGUUCAUGACAAAUAUAAUAUUUUAAAAAUUUAAUAAAACUCCUAUAUCCUAUAUUAAAAUUAUAAAGUGUUUUACCUGUACAUUUGCUCUUUCUUGCUUCUGAUCAAGACAUACUGUGCAUAAGAGUUUUUCCCUUUAGUCCAGCUUUGCGUUUAGGGUUUCUGUGAAUUUAUUUUGACGUAUGUGUAUGCUGUUCAAAAUUCAAAGAUCAUGUUUUGAAUGACUAAUCUCCAGCUGAGUCUAGCAUACAACUGAUCAUGAAUUGCGAGUAACAAACACUCUUUGAUGUUCAGGUUUAUGCAAGAGCAUAUUCUGAUUGAGAUACUUAGUAGAAAAAGAUCUCUGAUUGAGAUAGAAAAAGAAAAAGAUUUAGGCCAUGAUUUUCCUAGAGUAAUAUGUGUUGUUAACAUUCGAAAAAAAGAAAUUUCUUUGACAGAUUUGUAGAUUUUUGUGUGAAUGUGCAAUAUGUUGGGCUUUUUUCUCUUUUUAGAAAUAGCUAGAUACAGUAUCACAAAGAGAUGAUGAUCAGGAAAUGAUCAUGGCAGUGAUAUCGCUCAAGAUGAUAUCAAAACAGUAAAUGUCUUUCAUGUAGUUUUCCAUGUGUGGGGUAAAAUUGUGAAUGUACUAGGUAAAGGGUGGUCGUAUUAAUUGUGUGUGAUUGACAUAUGUACGCAUUUUAAAUCAUGAUUAGUUUGAAUUUUGAAAUCAAGAGGGUUGCAAUUUAACAGUAGGAAGUCAUAUUUGGGCAUAUAGAAUAUUUUUUACUUGCACUAAAAGGAUAGUACAUGUAAAUUCAAAGUAUGUCUGUUAGAUCGCCCAUGAUGAAGAACUCUGAACCCUGUUUACAAACUACAAUGAAAAUUUGAUUAUACAUAUUAAUAUAUGGUAUGUAUGACUGUUUUAAGUGAGAUGUACGUAAGUAUGUAAGUAUAUAUAGGAUUUACCGACUUGUUUCCCUGAUCAUGUUCUACAGUACACCCUUGUACUGAUAAUUCACAUCUUAUAUAUAUAGAAUUUUAAAACAUCAAUCAUGAAAUGAAAGCAAUUUUUCAGUCAAAUUAAUUUAUGUUGCGAGGUGACAAUUUUUAAAUCUAACUUAUUUUUUGUUGAUAAGUUAAUUUAGAAUACAUAUAUAGGGCAUUUUUAUUGAAAAUAAAACAUUUGUUUAAUAUUAUUGUAGUAAUAUCUUCGCUUUGUGAUACUAUUUUGUCAUUGUAAAGAAAAGCCAUGUUGGCCUGCAUAUUUAUAUUAUACUUGGUAAUUGGUAACUAUCUUAGUCUCUGGGAUCCCUCAUCAAAUCUAGUACAGGAAGUAACAUUUUCCCUAUAACUCAAGCCAACUUUUGCUCUACCAUAGGCCUGAAAUAUUGCAUGUUUAGAUCACAAAUCAUACAUUACAUAACAUGUACACCACAAGCAAGAUUAGUUUGGGACAAUAAACCAUGUGUAAUCCAUAGUAAGAGUUAAACACACAUAAUAUAAUUAAUUUAGUUAGAGGUUCCCUCAAUGUCUGUUAAUGUUAUACUUUCAUUAGUAUCCACAAGGGACUGGUCUGUGUACCAUGCCAUUAAUAUUUUCCAUGGUUUGGUUCACUACACAAUUAAUAUCCUAUAUGGGUCAGAAUAACAUACCAGGGAUAUUUCGCAUGAUGCAAUGCAGCACACCAUUAAUAUCCCCCAUGGUCCAGUCCACCACACCAUUAAUAUCCCCCAUGGUCCAGUUCACCAGACCAUUAUUAUCCGCCAUGGUCCAGUACACCAGACCAUUAAUAUCCCCCAUGGUCCAGUACACCAGACCAUUAAUAUCCCCCAUGGUCCAGUUCACCAGACCAUUAAUAUCCCCCAUGGCCCAGUCCACCAAACCAUUAAUAUCCCCCAUGGUCCAGUCCACCAAACCAUUAAUAUCCCCCAUGGUCCAGUUCACCAGACCAUUAAUAUCCCCCAUGGUCCAGUCCACCAAACCAUUAAUAUCCCCCAUGGCCCAGUCCACUAGACCAUUAAUAUCCCCCAUGGUCCAGUCCACCAGACCAUUAAUAUCCCCCAUGGCCCAGUCCACCAGACCAUUAAUAUCCCCCAUGGUCCAGUUCUACACACAAUUAAUAUCCCCCAUGGUCCAGUCCACCACACCAUUAAUAUCCCCCAUGGUCCAGUUCACCAGACCAUUAUUAUCCGCCAUGGUCCAUUACACCAGACCAUUAAUAUCCCCCAUGGCCCAGUCCACCAGACAAUUAAUUUCCCCCAUGGUCCAGUUCAACAGACCAUUAAUAUCCCCCAUGGCCCAGUCCACCAGACCAUUAAUAUCCCCCAUGGCCCAGUUCACCAGACCAUUAAUAUCCCCCAUGGUCCAGUUCACCACCAUUAAUAUCCCCCAUGGCCUAGUCCACUAGACCAUUAAUAUCCCCCAUGGUUCCAUGCACCACACUAUUAAUAUGUCAUUGCGCAAUGCACCACACCAUUGAUAUCUCUCAUGGUUCAGUGCAUUACGCUCCAUUUAAUAAACCUGUCGGGGGUUCAUUGCGUCACACAUAUGAUCUGUUUCAGGGUUACAUGACAUAAUAUUGAUUUUUCACAAGGUUCAAAUCAUUGCACUUCUCUACCAUGGUUCAUUGCAACCCACCUCAUUAUAUACAUCCUUGUGAGGGAGUGUGAGGAACCAUGUAGAGGAUUGUUACGGACGAACGCGUAAGGAGACCUUCUCUUUUAGAAAUUGAAACCUGGUUCUAUUGUCUUUAUUGGUGAGGUGCUUAUUAUAAAUUAAAUGCAUGAUAAUAUUUCCAUGUUUAUGUAUCGGAUACACUAAUGUGUGGUUUACUAUUCCUAAAAGGGUUUUCUCGCGGUAAAUAUUACAAACUGGUAAUCUUGAUUAUUUUAGCAGUCGAAGGAAUGGUGUGAUUAAGACAUGGUCGCCUGGCUAUAAGACUAAACUAUUACUGUGUAGAGUAUGUUGUUGACUUGUAAAGAGAUCAGGGAUAAUACCUGUCACCUAGUUGAACUUAUUAAAUGUGUUUUUAUCUA